AUGCACGGAUACAGAGCGACUCCAGUCUCUAACAGCACCCUGUCUUUCUGUGGUACUGAUAACUCAUCCGCCUAUAAGGUGGAUAAUGGGCUUCUGAAUAAUGGCUGUUUUCUGGAUGCCCUGGGGCUUGUUCCACAUGUCUUCCUCCUCUUCAGCACUUUCCCGAUUCUCUUCAUCGGUUGGGGCAGCCAGAGUUCUAAGGUUCAUAUCCAUCACAGCACAUGGCUACACUUUCCUGGCCAUAACCUGCGCUGGUUACUCACAGCUGCUUUGUUGUUUGUGCUGGUGUGUGAGGUUGCUGAGGGGAUUGUCUCAGAUGGGUUUAACCAAUCUCGCCACCUCCAUCUUUAUAUGCCUGCUGGACUGGGCAUUCUGGCAGCUAUAACUUCCAUAGUCUACUACCACAAUAUAGAGACCUCCAAUUUUCCCAAACUUCUGUUAGCUCUACUCAUCUACUGGAUUUUGGCCUUUGUCGCAAAAACCAUCAAGUUCACAAAGUACGAUGAGCACGGAAUCGGCCUGGGGCAACUGCGCUUCUGCAUCACAGGCUUGCUAGCUUUAAUCUACGGCUUGCUGCUGACUGUAGAGAUCAGCGUUAUACUGCGCAGGCGUUACAUUUUCUUCCCAAACCCAACCGAAGUGAAACCUCCUGAGGACCUGCAGGACCUCGGUGUACGUUUCCUUCAGCCUUUCGUCAACCUGUUGUCCAAGAGCACUUACUGGUGGAUGAACACAUUUAUCACAUCGGCCCACAAACGACCUAUCCACCUGAAAACCAUUGGCAAGCUGCCCAUAGCUAUGAGAGCGCUCACCAAUUACCAGAAGCUACAGAAGGCCUUCAGUAUUCAGAAGGAGAGAGGUAUAAUCUCUACACGAUGCCCACGGCUGAUUUGGUAUGCUCUGAGGCAAGCGUUCGGAGGUCCUCUGCUCCUCAGCAUCACUCACCGUUUCGUGGCAGAUCUGCUGGGCUUCACUGGACCACUGUGCAUCUCCGGCAUCGUCCACCACAUCAGCCGUGAUAAUCACACCAUCAAGCCACCAGUCAAGCUGCUAGGCAUCCAGUUCAUUUCUUCUCAGGCAUUUUUAGCGAAUGCGUAUGUGUUGGCUGUGCUGCUUUUCCUAGCUCUGCUCCUUCAGAGGACAUUCCUACAAGCCUCCUACUAUGCUGCUAUAGAGACUGGCAUUAAAAUCAGGGGAGCCAUACAGUGUAAGAUCUACAAUAAGAUCAUGCACCUGAGUACAUCUAACAUGUCCAUGGGAGAUAUGACCAUCUCUCAGAUCUGCAAUCUGGUGGCCAGAGACACAGAGCAUCUCAUGUGGUUCUUCUUUCUUUGUCCUAACCUGUGUGCCAUGCCAGUGCAGAUCACUAUUGGCGUGAUCCUUCUUUACUAUUUACUGGGGAUCAGUUCUCUGAUCGGAGCUGCCGUGAUCGCCGUUCUCGCUCCGAUGCAGUACUUUGUGGCUACGCAGCUUUCACGAACACAGAAAAGCACACUGGAGUACUCGAGUGAAAGACUUAAGAAGACUAAUGAGAUGUUGAGAGGUAUUAAACUGUUGAAAUUAUAUGCCUGGGAGCACAUCUUUAGAUCAAGUGUGGAGGAAACAAGAAAAAAAGAGCUGACCAGCCUCCAAGCCUUCGCCCUAUACACAUCCCUCUCUAUAUUCAUAAACGCUGCCAUUCCAAUCGCAGCAGUUCUUACAACGUUUGUAGUACAUGCCUACGUACACAGCUCUACAGACACUGCUCUGUCUCCUGCUGUGGCAUUUGCUUCUCUCUCACUCUUCCACAUCUUGGUCACACCCCUCUUCCUGCUUUCUAGUGUACUACAUUCAACUGUCAAAGCACUUGUAAGUGUGCAGAAACUUAGUGAAUUCUUUGCUAGUGAAGAGAUUGAACCUGAUCAAGACCCCAAAACCCCCACUCCAACUGAUACAAAGCACCACAGCAACAUAAAGUCCGUCUAUGUGUUGCAACUUCAAGCCUCGAGGCUGGUUAACCGGAAGAACAAAGCCAAACAGGACAAGAACAGUAAUAUACCAGUGCAGGAUACGAACCUGAGCGUGUCUAUUGGAAAUGAAGAGAAUAUCUGUCUCAAGAUUGUGAAUGGCUACUUCACCUGGACUCAGGGAUGUCCCACUCUGACCAACAUUGACAUAAAGGUUCCUUUUGGUGCAUUGACUAUGAUAGUAGGACAGGUAGGAUGCGGAAAAUCCUCCCUACUGUUAGCAGCUCUGGGGGAAAUGCAGAAGAUCUCAGGAAGUGUCACAUGGAACAAAUUACCAGAUCAGGAAGAGGAAGAGAAUAACAGAUUGCUUGUUAAUAACGUUGCCGGCCCUAAAGCACCAGAGAAGAGAGGCUCGGUGGCCUACGUUUCUCAGAGGCCAUGGCUCCUCAAUGCCACAGUGGAGGAGAACAUCUUGUUCGACAUGGCCCCUAACAAGAAAAGGUAUGCAGCAGUGAUCGAAGCAUGCCAGCUCCAGCCUGAUCUCGACGCACUUCCACAAGGAGACCAAACCGUGGUCGGAGAAAGGGUUUCUCUGUCUCUUUCUCAGGGAAUUAUUCUGUCUGGUGGCCAGCGGCAGCGCAUCGGUGUGGCCAGAGCUCUUUAUCAGCAUUCUAAAGUGGUGUUCCUGGAUGACCCUUUCUCUGCGCUGGACAUUCACCUGAGUGACCACCUGAUGCUGGAGGGAAUACUGAAGUUCCUCAGACAGGAGAAAAGGACGGUGGUGCUGGUCACACACAAACUGCAGUACUUACCACACGCAGACUGGAUCAUAGCGAUGAAGGAUGGGACAGUCCAGACACAAGGUACCAUAAAGGACAUCCAGUGUACUGAGCUUGAACUGUUUGAACACUGGAAAACUCUGAUGAACAGACAAAACAAGGAAAACGCCGUGGAGCUGAAGAGGAAAAGUUUCCGAAGGAUGUAUUCCAGAGACACACUUGCCACAGAGGAUGAGGACGAAGGCUCUUCUCUUACUGUCAGACAGGUUAAAGAUGGAUCCCUGUGUACAGAUGAGGACAGCCUGACAACCGAGCUGCGUCAGAGGAACACGAUGCUGUGGGGCUCGUUAGGGACGUACCUGCGAACAGCUGGCCUCCUGCUGCUUUCACUACUCAUCCUGUCACAGCUCACCAAACACUCCCUCAUGCUAGCCAUAGACUACUGGCUCGCCCACUGGACGUCUCAGGCCAUCACAGCUCGUCCGGACAGCACGGAGAGGAACUGCACAACCUCACAGAACUGUGUGCUGACUCAUUCCCUGAACCUGCAGGUGUUUUGUGGCUUGUGUUUUCUUGGUAUCGUGUUAUGUUUAAUCACAUCUGUGGCCGUGGAGUGGAUGGGACUUCGGGUGGCACAGGAGCUCCACUGCAGUCUUCUCCGUAUCAUCAUCUUGGCUCCGAUGAGGUUGUUUGAGACGACUCCUCUUGGGAACAUUCUGAACCGAUUCUCUGGUGACAUCAACGUCAUCGAUCAGCACAUCCCGGUUACCAUCGAGUGUCUGAGCCGCUCCACCCUGCUGUGUGUGUCGGCGGUCGGCAUCAUAUCCUACAUCACCCCAGUCUUCCUCAUCGCUCUGCUCCCACUAGCCAUCAUCUGCUACUUUAUACAGAAGUACUUCCGGGUGGCAUCCAGGGAUCUGCAGCAGUUAGAGGACAGCACCCAGAUCCCCCUGCUAUCCCAUUACUCGGUGACUAUAGAGGGUCUCACCACCAUCAGAGCCUUUAGACACGAGCAAAAAUUUAAGAAGAAAUUUUUGGAGUACUCGGAUGCCAAUAACAUCGCCUCGCUCUUCCUCACAGCAGCCAAUCGCUGGCUCGAAGUUCGCAUGGAGUACAUCGGGGCCUUUGUGGUGCUGAUAGCAGCUGUGGCGUCCAUCAGCAGCGCUCUGUACAGUGAGCUCUCAGCUGGACUAGUAGGUCUGGGCCUCACAUACGCUCUCAUGGUGUCGAACUACCUGAACUGGAUGGUGCGUAACCUGGCUGAUAUGGAGGUGCAGCUUGGGUGUGUGAAGAGAAUCAGCAGUCUGCUCAACACGGAGCCUGAGAACUACACCGGAGAAAUGACUCCAGCCCAGGUUCCAGCAGGUUGGCCUAAAUACGGCGAGAUCCAAAUCAAGAAUUUGAGCGUGAGAUACGACAGCAGCCUAAAACCCGUCCUGAAGCGUGUCAAUGUUCACAUCAAACCUGGACAGAAGGUGGGUAUAUGUGGGCGAACAGGAAGUGGAAAGUCUUCCUUCUCCUUGGCUCUCUUCCGAAUGGUAGACACAUGCGAGGGUCGAAUUAUUAUUGACGGGAUUGACAUUGCUAAACUGCCACUUCAAACCCUGCGCUCCAAAUUUUCUAUCAUUCUUCAGGACCCCAUUUUAUUCAGUGGAACAAUUCGAUUCAAUCUGGAUCCAGAGAGAAAAGCCACUGACCGGAUGCUGUGGGAAGCUCUGGAUAUCGCCCAGCUCACUCCAGUGGUGGAAGCUUUACCUGGAGGACUAGAUGCCAUGGUGACGGAGGGAGGAGAAAACUUCAGCCAGGGACAGCGGCAGCUCUUCUGCCUGGCUCGAGCGUUUGUGAGGAAGAGCAGCAUCCUCAUCAUGGAUGAAGCCACAGCGUCUAUCGAUAUGGCCACUGAGAGCAUUCUACAAAAAGUCGUUAUGACCGCUUUUGCAGAUCGGACGGUUGUAAACAUUGCUCAUCGUGUGCACACCAUCCUGGGCUCAGACGUGGUCAUCGUGAUGAAGCGUGGAGCCAUUCUGGAAUACGACAGACCCAACAUCCUGCUGGAACAGAAAGACAGCAUCUUCUAUUCUUUCGUCAGAGCAGACAAGUGACUACGGGAUAAAAGGAUGAUUAUGAGAUUUAUUAUAAGCUUUAUAUAAUUUGGAUAAUGUAUAAUCACUGAAAAAUAAUAUAAACCUUCCCACAACAACAACAACAAUAAAAAUAGUGUCUUACUUUUCCUACUCUUUAAUCAUUACUCCUCUGUUAAUGUCGGUACAAAUCGUUGGUAGAAAUGAU